UAUAUAAAACUGCAACUGAUGGAACUUACGUUAGUAGUACGCGCUGGUGCUUUCAAAAAGCAACCUAAAGUUGUUGAUAUCCGUAGCAACUUGGUGUGCGUACAAACAUGAGUAUCAGAAACAUAUAUCGUUCCACGACACAGACGAAGGUAGACCCCAUUAGCGAUGAUGACAAGAUUGCCAUCACGGGGAUUGGAUGCAGGUACGGCGAUGGAGUGGCGGGUCCUAGGGAGAUUUGGGAUAUGUUGAAAGAGAAGAGAGACUGCACAGGCCCACCUCCACCCAAUCGGUUUGACAAAUCAAUCUUCUUCUUUCCCGGUGAAAAGAAAAAAGGGAAAGUGUACACCAAAGCUGGUGGGUAUCUGAAACAGAAUCCUGAGAUGUUUGAUCGACAAUUCUUCAAAAUGUCUCCAGAUGAAGCCGAACACAUGGAUCCACAAAUACGAAUUCUCCUCGAGGUUGUUUGGGAAUCGAUCGAAGAUGCUGGAAUCCCUGCCUCAGCCCUUCGUGGUUCAAACACAGGUGUAUAUAUGGGAGUGACUGCAAACGAGUAUCUUCUUCUUACUGGCUUCCCACAAAGCAACAUUGGUCAAUAUACAAAUUCAGGAACGAACACUUGCAUGAUCUCCAAUCGUAUUUCGUACGAAUUCGAUUUACGAGGGCCUAGCUUUUCUAUUGACACCGCUUGUUCGUCUUCACUCUACGCCGUACAAAUUGCCUGUGAUGCUCUCAGAGGAGGAAUUUGUGACACAGCAAUUGCCGGAGGAGUCAAUAUCAUACUUACCCCUUCCGUUACGAUUGGAUUUUGUCAAGCUGGUAUGCUUUCUCCAGAUGGACAGUGUAAAAGUUUUGACGAAUCAGCUAACGGUUACAGUCGAAGUGAAGGUGUUGGGUCAGUUGUACUUAAACCACUUAAGAGAGCUAUCGAAGACGGAGACAGAAUUUACGCAGUGAUUCGAGGUGGCGCUCUGACAAAUGAUGGACGGACACCUGGGAUUGCAAAUCCAAGCUUCGAUGCUCAGAUUGAUCUUGUAGAGAAAGCUUGUGCAGCAGCUAAGGUAGAUCCACGGGAUAUCACCUAUAUUGAAGCACAUGGUACUGGUACUCCAGUUGGUGACAAGACAGAAGCGAAUGCUAUCGGUGAAGCCAUGAGCAAACGGCGUUCAGAUGAUGCAGCACCUCUUUUUAUCGGUUCCAUAAAGUCUAACGUAGGACAUGCAGAGGGCGCUGCUGGUAUAGCAGGUGUCAUAAAGACAGCUUUGUCUUUGUACCACCGAGAAAUUCCAGGUGUUGUUCAUUUCAAACGUGGUAAUCCUAACAUCAAUUUCAAAGACCUCAGGUUAAGAGUUCCUUCCUCAAGCAUGCCUUGGCCUGCAGGAUCAAAGCUUCUAGCAGGAUGUAGCUCAUUCGGUUUUGGUGGGGCCAAUGCGCAUGUCGUUCUUGAGGCGCCUCCGUUGAAGCAGUUCAACAAUUUAAUAAACAUAACGAAUCCUGGUGAUGCCGAUUAUCACAUGUUAUUACUAUCGGCAACUUCGAAAGAAGCUCUCCAGCAGAAAUGUUCCGAUUGGAUUGAGUUCCUUGUUGAGAUGCUCGAAAUGAAACCUGAUUCAUUCCUGAAUGCACUGUACACAGCCAGUGUCCGAUCUCAUCAUCAUAUACACAGACUAGCAUUGUUAGCUAAGUCUAGAAGUGAACUUGUGAAGCUUCUUCGUAGAAAGGUUGAAGGAAAUGUAGACUCUAGCAAGACUCUAGAAGGCAAGGCCCCAGAGGGAAAUUCCAUUAACAGAACAGUAUUCGUCUUCUCUGGUAUGGGCACUCAGUGGUGGGGUAUGGCCAGGCAGCUAAUGAGUACACAUCCUAUAUUCAGCAACGUAAUACAGGAAAUAGAUGGCAUCCUUGGUAAAUAUGGAGCAAAAUGGUCGCUUAUGCAGAUUCUAUCGACGGAAAAUGACAGAGAGAGGAUCAAUGAUACAGAAAUGUCUCAAACAUGCAUUUGUAGCGUACAGAUCGGACUAGUUGAGUUGUACAAGCAUUAUGGAGUAACACCGAGCGCCAUUAUUGGUCAUAGUGUCGGCGAAGUUGCAGCCGCCUACGCUGCUGGACUCCUUACUAUGACCGAUGCUGUCAGAAUAAUUUUCACAAGGGGACAUCUUCUUACAAGGACAAGUGGUUCGGGAACUAUGGCUGCAGUUCUUCACGACGCCAAUGAUGUACAGAGACGUCUGAAAUCAACCUUGACUGAUUUAGACGUAGCUGCUGUCAAUAGCCCUUCACAGAUCGUGCUUUCUGGCAAGGCUGAGUCUAUCAAAGAAUUUACUUCUAAACUGAGCGAAGAUGGCAUACAGACGAGAGUUCUAAAAGUUAAUAAUGCAUUUCACAGUCGUCAACAGGAAGUUCUUAUGAAGGAUUUCUACAAAAAAUCCAGCUUCUUGGGUAAGACUAAGUCGUCGAGGGAGCAAAGGCCUCUUAUUCCAAUGAUGUCAACUGUCACUAACCGUUACCUUACCCUGAAUGAGGCAAAUGGGUCUGAUUACUGGUGGACCAAUAUCCGUCAGCAGGUGCGAUUUAAAGAGGCCGUAGAAGCUAUACUUAAAGAUGGCUACAAUAGCUUCCUUGAAGUAGGAGCUCAUCCAGCCUUGUCUCCGGCGAUCAAAGACAUCAUUGCGUCUAAGCCGAACAAGCCAAAUGUCCACUUUAUUACACACUCAUUAGUGAGACCGCGUGACACAAGUACUGCAGCUGAUGAUGCUCUUAAUAUUAACGUCUCCCUAGCACAAAUGUAUGUGAACGGGUACCCAGUUGAUAUGCGUCCAUCAUUUUGCGGCCAGAAAUGUAAAGUAGAGUCAUUACCAUUGUAUCCAUGGCAGCGUGUACUGUGUUCAGCUGCUACCAGCAAGGCAGAUAUAAACAUGCGUUAUCCGAACUUUUGCCACCCUCUUCUUGGGAAACAAGAAACUUCAGCUAAUUACGCUGCGAACAAAAGACUAAAAGUAUGGAAAAGCAGUGUAGGAACCAAUGAAGAGCCUUGGAUUGCUGAUCACGUUGUUCAAGGUAGUAUAGUACUUCCUGCGGCCGGAUUUAUGGAGGUAGCAAUCGCCACACAUUACAAACUUUUCAAAUCCUCCGAGGUCGAGAUCUGCGAUCUACAUUUUGACAGAUUUCUUUUUAUGUCUGCCACGCCAACUGAAUUGGAGACAACAACAGAAUUCGAAACUGAAGAAAUUGCAAAUUUUGCACUUCGUUCACUAAAUGUAAAUGACAACAAGUGGAUGACACACACGACAAUGAACCUGAUAGCAGGUGAAAAUAAAUCAGAAAUAGGUGAGAUAAAACUUCCCGUGGAGGAAAUCCUGAAAAGAUGCCCUGGAGAGCUGAGUAAAUCAGGUUUCUAUGCAAACAAGAAGCAAGUGGGUUUCGAUCUUGGUGAAAGUUUCAUGUGCAUUGAGAAGGCAAAUUUUAGCCGAGUGGUUGACGAGGCACUUAUCCAGCUUCGUGCACCCGACACAGUGGCUGCACAGUCCAGUCGCUUUUAUGUGCAUCCUGCCCUUCUCGAUGGUAUACUACAAGGAAUGGCUGGUAUUGAACGUCAACGAAUGAAGGUCUUAAAUCCUGCUGCAAAACCUGUAGGACGUGUCCCAAGAUCUGUCAAAAAUAUCCAAUUCAGAAAAAUUGCAUUUCCUGACAAUGUACUGCUUCACUACACUAUAACAUCUAAUGGAGAUGAUGUUGCUGCAGAUGUAUACAUUGCUGAUACAGAGACACAUGAUGUUAUUGGUAAAUUUAAACAAAUCCGUUUCGGCCCCGUUGCUACAUCAAACGGAUACGAAGAGCUUAAGCUAUGGGAAAAGAAAUGGAUCCAAAUAUACCCUGAAGACAAAUCGUAUAAUGAAGAAGGUCCGACUGUCAUAACAGGUGACGAUGAAGAGCUUUCUAGACAAUUAAGUGGUUCCCUUAGGCACAUGGGAAUCACGACGACAGACACCAGCUAUGACAGGCACGCUUUGUCGAAUAUCAUCAUGGUAUUCAAAGCUGGCAAUAAAGAUGGACUCAACAAGAUCUCUAAAGAGUACCUACUCAGCCAACAAUCACAGAUAGCAGCAUUAUGCGUAGAUCAAUAUAAUUCGUUCUCGCGUGAUGAAGGCAGAAGACCAAAUAUGUGGGUUGUAACUCGUGAUGGAUUCCCUGCCAGAAAUAAUGAUCUUGUUGACCCUAGCCAAGCAUCAGCCUAUGGCUUUGGACUCUGUGUUAUGCAAGAAGAUCCUAGCAUGAAGAUUUUUCUGAUCGACCUACCUUCAGAUGUAGAUAACCGAACUGCAUCAAACUGGUUGAUCGAUUACAUCUGGAGAACAGAUCAUUGCGACAACAUCCUUGCUUUGCGACAACCAACAGAAAAAACAGAUCGGCCAUACAAUGCAUAUUCACUUCGCCUUACUUUAAGUAAAGCAGAUGAGUUUCCAUACAAAUUAAUGUCUUCCGAGUGGAAAUUUAACAUCGAACAAAGCGUCCAAAGUGGGAGAUUGUUUCUUACAAAAAAUCAAAUUGAAGAUGAUUUCAAACACACUGCCAAUGUAGCUGUAAAGGUGGGAGCUUUUCACUUGAUUAAAACAACUGGUAAAUCUUCUAAUGAAGCUCAACAUUUUGCGUUGUUCUGUGGGCAAUCUAGUCAGAAUAAAUCCUUCAUUGGGUUUUGUACAGAAAAAGAAUUUAAAUCAACGAUGCACUGUCGAAAUGAAGACAUAGUUGAAGUGACAAGCAGCCUGCGUCCCGAAGAAGUUGUCAAUAUCAUCCUAUCUUACUUGGUCCCAUUCGGAGUAGUUCGUAAUUUCAUACGUUGCAAGGAAAGCACAACAGUUGUUUGUAUGUCGUCAAAUACAGACAAAAUGGGAUUAGCAACGGCACACAUGGCUGCAGAACUUGGUCAUAACGUCGUUCUCGCCGUUAAAGAUCUAUCAGCAAAGAAUGGUGUUCAUUUGCACGCUGACCACCAGGCAAAGAUAUUAGACGUUAGUGAUGUCCCGGCUGCGUUAAAAGGACAAAGUGUUAAUUUUGUAAUUGGUUGUGAAUCGACAAUUAGAGACCUUUUGAAAAUGAGAAAUAUGAAAGAAAAAUUUUCACCAUUUGCGAUAAUUGGUGUUCUCGAUGCUGGUACACAUACCGACAGCCAUUCUAAACUCCGUGGUCUGCCGAAUAACGUAAUUGUUGAAAAUAUUGAUCAUGAGUUCUACUCAAACGAGGAACUUCAGCAGAUGAAGCCCAUACUUGAUGAGCUACUGCAAGUUUUCGAUAAGCCUUCUUCCGUAAAUCCAUUGAAAGAUGCUCUACCAAAGGUGACAUUUUUGAAAGAUAUUGGAACAAAUGAAAGCAUUUCCUUUAAUGAAGUAACAAUUGCAGUUGACAAUGCUCCAGUUUCGACCUCAUAUGAUUUUCUGAAAGGAGAGAUUGCGUUCGAAAAAGAGAAGUCUUAUCUUGUGACCGGUGGCACCAAGGGGUUUGGGCUCUGCGUUGUAGAAUGGCUAUCAGCUAAUGGUGCCGGAUGUGUGUACAUUCUUAGUCGAUCAGAGGCCGAUUUUGAAGCAAUUGAACGUUUGAAUGAGCUGAGAAAAUCCGGAACAUCAAUAGUCCAUAUCAAGACUGACAUCACAAGCAAAUCGGAGGUCGACCUUGCUUUUAAAAGAGUAUCGAGUGAUGCGUCCUAUCCAUUGUCUGGUAUAUUCCACUGCGCUGCACAAUAUGAUGAUAAACUUCUAAAGGACAUCACCCCAGAAAUUUGGAAGAAAGUAAUGUCGGCUAAAUCAUGGGGUGGUCUUUUGCUGCAUCAGGCUUCAAUCAAGUUUAAAGCAGAGCUGAAAUACUUUGUUAUGAUUUCAUCUGUGGUGCAAUUGAUGGGAAAUGGCGGUCAGGCAAGUUAUUGUGCAGCCAAUACAUAUCUUUCAAAUCUUGGGUAUUUUCGUAGAAGUAAAGGUUUGCCUGCCACGGUCUUCUGUCCAGGAGUAAUCAGAAGCGAUGGAUUUGCCGCAAGGUCUGGUCUAGUUGAAUUUUGGGAGAGAAGAGGCAUUGAAAGUCUUGCACCGACAGAACUACUAAAUGGACUUGGUGUAAUUCUUAGAAGCGGUGUACCAGAAAUGGGUAUGAGUGGUAACGUCAGAGUCCGAGAUUUUGUCCGAGAAAGCAAAUCUCUUUUUAAAGAGCACAUAACGGUCAGCCCCGGUGGACGAUUUUCAAUUCUAAAAGGAUUUGAUAUACCACGACAAGAACUAAAUCUCUAUAUUGGAGAUAGUCAACAAAAUGACAUCACUCAUCUGAAACCAGAAGAGGCCAAGCUGUUUAUUUUCAAUACACUUUGUGGAUUUAUCUCACAACGUCUCGGAAUAACUAGUCAAAUAUCACCGGAUGCAUCGCCAUCUUCCCUUGGUGUAGACUCAUUGAUGACCACUGAGCUGAGUGGAGUCAUUCAAGGUACCUUUUCAGUGUUUGUCCAGUCAAUGGAAUUGAUGAACGCAAACAUAACACUGCAAGCUAUAUCAUCUUCAAUAUACAAAAAGAUUCUUGCUGAACAACAGCUUGGCGGACAGGAUAAAGACGAAGAAGACGAAGAGGAUACAUCUUGGAAGGCGUGGUUUAUAAUGGACGAGAGUGUCGUUUCCCCAGAGAUCCAACUCAUUUGCUUUCCUCCGAAUGGAGGUGGACCGUCUACAUACGCCUGGUGGCAAAACCAAUUCGGUAAACAUAAUGUCCAGUUAAUCAUGGCACAAUUGCCCGGAUGGGAAGGACGACACCAGGAGAAGCCCCUUCAAACAAUCGAGGAAAUAACAAACAAUCUAACUGAACAUCUUGUUGCCAGGCUCAUUCCUGGUAGAUUUGUACUAUUUGGCCACAGUCUUGGAGGGCUAAUUGCAUUUGAAGUUGCUCAUCGCCUGAUAGAGAGAAAUCUCCGACCAGCCCACAUCAUCAUCAGUUCCUGGUAUGCUCCAACGUUAGCUUAUCCAAACGAGGUUGAACUUGAAAAAGCACCAAGUGUAUUACGACAGAUGGAACAAGACAUUAAGAACAACAUUAAACUAUCCGACAAUAAAGCGCUGAGGCUGUCAUUCCUUGAUGAUGAGGCGUUGAAUAAUCCUGAGCUGAUGAAACGCCUAAUCCCUUGCUUUCGGGUGGGUUUUAAAAUUUGCCAAAAGUACACCAACACCCACACCACGAAACUUCAAUGUGGCAUGACCGUAUUAGGGGCCAAAUCAGAUCGAUUUGUUCCUCCAGCCUUGUUGGAUGCCUGGUGUCUGGAGAUUCAAUCCAAUCGACGUUUCAAAAAGACUGUACUCUCAGGAGGCCACAUGCAUAUUACUUCAGCAAAGAAGAAAUUUUUCCAAGAAAUCCAGACCACUUUAAGAGAUGCAUUUGCUGUCUAAACAUAUAUGAUUUAAUGUGUAGGCUUAAUCAGUUAAAUAUUUAUAAUCUAGAAUUUUUCACAGUUAUCCAAUGUGACAUAUUUUCUUGUAAUGAUUUAUAUUUGAAUUUGUCACCUACGAUAUCAUCUCGUGUGCCUAUCAUAAACUUGAUUUCAACAUUAUUAUUACUAAUUUGUAAGUAAAUGAAUUGCCUAUAAUUAUCAACUAUUAUUAUUAUUAUUAUUAUUAUUAUUAUUAUUAUUAUUAUUACUAUUCUUAUUUAUUAUUACAAUAUAAUUAUUGUGAUUAUUAUUAUAAUGAUUAUUAAUAUUAUCAUGUCAUUAUCAUUAUUAUUUUUAUUUUAUAUAUUAUUUAUUAUUAUUAUAUGCAAUAUAUAGUCCCAGACCUAAUUAUGGUAUAUAUUAUGUAUAUGUAUGUAUUUCUACACAUUAUUAUUAUGAAGUAUGUUAUAAUUCAUAAUGUAUAUCAUUAUACUUUUCUCAGUGAAGGGAUGACAGGCAACGAAGGGGAAUCCUCGUGUACAAAUAUGUGUCAUGGCAUCAGAGUAAAAACAAUAAUUAUAAAUAAGGUUCAAAGACGUUCCAUAACAUCAACACGAUAUCGUUUGCCUACAAUUUCAAUUAUUGGUAAUUUUAUGUUAUGUGGGGAGAAAAUUAUAAUUCGUUCAUCCCAUAACACAUCAAAACAUUGGAACUUUUAACUAAGGAUUAAUAUUAAAUUUACAUACCGGUAGUUGGUAAUAUAGCUUAUAGUAAAAACAAAAUUAUGAUCUUUAUCCUUUAUGAAUAUAAAUAACCACAUACAAAAAUUCAACAUUAAUUUCAUUUUUAGUGGAAAUAUAUUAUGACGUAGUGAUACGGUCUGAAUAUUGCUUUCAAUCAAAGGUUGUGAGUUGCAGUCGAAAGCCUGUACCACUGAGAUAUAUAUGCUAUUGCACUGGUAAUUUUUAAUGAAUAAAAGAUUAUGUAACUCAAAGUAAGUCCCUGGUGGUUGUUCUCUCAGACCGGGGAUUCCGAAGCUCAUCAAUAGUCAAUUAUUCUAUUUCAUAAUGUAACCAAUAAAUAGAAAAAACAUUAUGCAAUGAUAUCAAAUAGAAUAGUCCAAAUCUCAAUAUUCAUUUAAUUAAAAAAA